AUGCCAGGAGACAAUCAAGCAAAAGGCAGAAAGGCCCAGGAGGCAGAGGCGUUUCCUUGGAGUACUGAGAACCUUCCAAACAAGCUAUUCAUAAACAACGAGUACGUCGAAGCCAAGAGCGGCCAAAGGCUCAAAGUCGUCAAUCCAAAAAACGAAUCCUUGGUCUCCAGCGAGGUGCCACUCGCCGGUGAAGAAGAUGUCGAAAGGGCUGUGGAGGCAGCGGAGGCCGCAUUCCCCGCCUGGCGCCAGACUACGGCGACUGCGCGUCGUGAAUGCCUAUUGAAGCUGGCGGAUCUCAUGGAGAAACACCAAGCUACCUUGAUUGCCCUCACUAGGUUGACCCUGGGCAUGCCAGUGCAACCCUUUGGUGGCAUGGAGCUAGGUAUGGCUAUCAAUGCGUUCCGUUAUUUCGCUGGGUGGACGGACAAACUCGCGGGAGAAUCUUUCCCACAGGACGACGGUUUCCUUAAGAUCAUUCGGCACGAACCGCUGGGAGUUACUGCUGGAAUUGUGCCCUGGAACGGCCCGAUGGGCAUGACGGGACAAAAGGCCGGCCCGGCCCUAGCUACUGGCAACUGCUUUAUUCUCAAGCCGUCUGAGAAGACUCCUUUGGCGUCUCUAGCUCUCGGAGCGCUUAUUAAAGAGGCUGGCUUUCCUCCUGGUGUCUUCCAAGUCUUAUCUGGCGAUGGUUCAACAGGCGCCCUGCUUGCUAGUCAUUUGAGGGUUAAAAAGGUAUCCUUUACUGGCUCUACUCUGACAGGCCGCAAGAUCCAGCAGAUGGCCGCACAGAGUAACUUAAAGCGGGUUACUCUAGAGCUAGGUGGAAAAAGCCCGGCUAUUAUCUUCAACGAUGCCGAUAUUGAUAACGCAGUUACUUGGUGCGUCAAUUGUAUCACGGCAAACUCGGGACAGGCUUGCUUCGCGGCUAGUCGCGUCUAUGUGCAAGAAGGAAUCUAUGAUAAAUUUGCUGCCAAGUAUGAAGCCCUCAUGGUGGAGAGAGCAUCUACAAUGGGAGACCCGGAUGUACCCGGAACGCUUGUUGGUCCUGUUGUUGAUGUGCUUCAGUUUGAGAGGAUCAAGGGCUUUCUCGAGACUGGGAGGAAGGAGGGUAAGGUUCUGACGGGAGGAGAGGCAGCUCAGGGGCCGGGCUACUUCAUCAAACCUACUAUCUUCGAGGACGUUCACAAGGACGCCGAAGUCGUCCGUAAGGAGAUCUUUGGACCUGUGGCGGUUCUCAACAAAUUCAGCACCGAGGAGGAGAUUAUCGACCUCGCCAAUGAUUCCAACUAUGGCCUGAUGGCGGGUAUCUUUACUCAGGAUGUCAACCGCGCUAUGCGCCUGGCAAGCUUGAUAGAUUCUGGGAAUGUCGGUAUUAACUGCAUCAGUAUGGUCUUUAUUAACGCCCCGUUCGGCGGCACCAAAGAGAGCGGGAUUGGUCGGGAGAACGGCAGAGACGCGCUGCUCGCGUUCACCGAGCCCAAGACCGUGUUCAUCAACUUGACUUAUUAG